AUGUCCUUUUUUCCAGCACCUGCUACUAAUACAAGCGGUACUUUUAGUACGAUGGCGAACCAACAAGAUCUAGCAAAUGAUAUUGUAAUCAAUAACCCUGCAGAAGACUCUAUAUCAGAUAUUGCAUUCUCUCCUCAAAAUGAUUUCCUAUUCUCCGUAAGUUCAUGGGAUGGGAAAGUCAGGAUCUGGGAUGUACAAAGUGGAUCAGCUCAAGGUCGUUCUCAAUAUGAACACGGUGGUCCCGUAUUAACUACAAGAUGGAGUAAUGACGGUUCUACUGUAGCAUCAGGUGGAUGUGACAACACAAUCAAAUUAUUUGACGUUGCCACAAGUCAGUCACGUCAACUUGGUACCCAUUCUGGAGCCGUGAAGUCAUUAAGAUUUGUUAAUUGUGGUCCAAGUAAUGCGGAAUGUUUAGUAACUGGUUCAUGGGAUAAAACAAUAAAAUAUUGGGAUUUAAGACAACCUAACCCUAUUAGUACAUUAACAAUGCCAGAUAGAGUAUAUACAAUGGAUAACAAGUCUCAAUUGUUGGUAGUCGGUACUGCGGAAAGACAUAUUGCAAUUAUUAAUUUAAAUAAUCCAGGGACGAUAUUCAAAGCGACACAAUCACCAUUAAAAUGGCAAACAAGAGUCGUAGCAUGUUAUAACGAAGGUAAUGGUUAUGCUAUCGGAUCUGUUGAAGGUAGAUGUGCAAUUAGAUAUGUCGAUGAUGAAAUGCAAAAAAAGAGUGGAUUUUCAUUUAAAUGUCAUAGACAAUCAAAUCCGAAUAGAGCAGCCGGAACUCAAAAUCAAUCGAUGGUGUAUCCUGUGAAUAGUAUAGCAUUUCACCCUAUAUAUGGCACUUUUGGUACUGCUGGUGGCGACGGGUGCUUCCAUUUCUGGGAUAAAGAUCACAGACAUAGAUUAAAAGCGUUUCCAACUCUUCAAGCUUCUAUCCCCGUUAUUAAUUUUAAUAGAACUGGUUCUAUUUUUGCAUAUGCUUUGAGUUAUGAUUGGCAUCAAGGUUAUACCGGUAAUACGCCGAACUAUCCAAAUGUUAUUAGAUUGCAUCCUACUAGAGAUGACGAAGUCAAGGAAAAGAGGAAGAAAUGA